GUCUGUCUCUGUUCUGUCAACAUUUGUAUGACGUCAUCUAUCAUCAAUGAUAUUGAUCAUGUCGUCACGUCAGCCACCAAUAAUUUUUGCUUUAUUUUAACUGUAUUCAAGGAAAAAUAUGUAGUAAAGUUUUAAUUUAUGUCCUUAAGUAUCAAACAUUCCUUUUUACAUAUAUUGUGGGACUUAGAUUUAAGAUUUAAAGAUGAUGCAGUUUAUGUUGUUGUUCAGCCGGCAGGGCAAACUAAGACUGCAGAAAUGGUACGUGGCGCACCCAGACAAACUGAAGAAGAAGAUCACACGUGAACUUAUAACCACUGUGCUAGCCAGGAAGCCUAAGAUGUGUUCGUUCUUGGAGUGGAAAGACGUCAAAAUAGUUUACAAAAGAUAUGCGUCCCUAUACUUCUGUUGUGCGAUGGAGCAGGAAGACAAUGAGCUGUUAACCUUGGAGCUUAUACAUCGCUAUGUGGAACUGCUUGACAAAUACUUUGGCAGUGUCUGUGAGCUGGAUAUAAUCUUCAACUUUGAGAAGGCGUACUUUAUUCUGGACGAAUUGGUGCUUGGUGGUGAGUUGCAAGAGACCAGCAAAAAGAAUGUCCUGAAGGCCAUCGCUGCACAGGAUCUACUCCAAGAGGAGGAGACGCCCCAGGGCUUCUUCGACGACCACGGGCUCGGGUAAGGAGGCGCCGCCCCGGCCUACCCCCACACCAGCGACAUACGUAGCCACCACGUAGAACAUUGUAAACGUCAUGGAUUUUGAUAUUAGAACAUUGUAACAAACCUCGUUUUGAUAUUGAUGUCAUUAGGGUUGCGAUUUGCGUGUACAUCGUGAAUAUAAAUAUGUAAAUAUAUUACAGAGUAUUGUCAAAAUAGUGAUAUAGUUGUUGUUUAUUGAAAUACCUAACUGUUGUACUCAGUAGUCAUAUACCAGGUUCAUUACAUGUUGUUCUGUGGUUUCAUUUGCGUAUUGUAUUCAAUUAGAGCUUUUAUUUUAUAAGUAGGAAUUUAAUUACAAAUAUUUUUGCACUUGAGAGGUUGUUUACCUAUUACAGUAUCAAUGGCAACUGCUUUAUGUACUUAAUUUAGUUUAGUAAUAAUUUGAAUGUUGGUAGAACUGCUUCUUUCUGUGUACGUAACGUUGGUACAUAAUGUUGGUUAUGAAUUAUGAAUAUAAGUUUUUCAGUAUCGUUAUGUGACUGUGGUAAAUGAUUAAUAAUGGUUUGUGCCAAAGGAAGCAUACAUACUUAUAUUUUGGUAAAAUUUCGCUUAUAAUAAUUGUUAUGAAUAAAUUAUAGAGUAGACGAAGUUAUGUAAAUCUCUUGUGUUACUGAGAAUGGUACAUUUGCAACUAGCCCUCCACUUUAUAACAUUGCUAUGGGACUCGCAGACUGCUUGAAUAGUUUGUUAGAGAUGUUCACAAGUACUCAUGACGAACUGUAUCAGACAGCCGCCCCGCGCGGUGUUGAAAAGACUGUGCGACUCCACAUCAUUUGUAUACAUUUGUACAUUUGUAAGCUCCCAACGUCUUACGUCAGACUUUAAUCUCAUAUCACAUUUCAUAUCUACAAAUUAUCAAGAGGCCUAAGAAUCAAAUAUAACAUAACAUUCUCUCUUUGAAACAUAUUGCGUAUUAAAUUAAUAUUUAAGAAAUCAAACUGCGUUUUAUUUGUAUAAAAUCUUCUAUUAAAAUGCGAUUAAAAACUCGCUACAUGAUUAUAAAAUUUAUAAAAUAGCUUCAUUACAAUAAAAUAAUUGAAUAUUGAAGACAUAUCGACAGUCUUUGAUUAAUUAUAAAUACAUUAAAUGCGCCAUAACAAUGUAGGUACAGCCUGUAUACCGGCAUUGUGGCUGUGACUUAACUUAAGGACAGACGCAUUGUUAUUAUUAGCGAGUGUGAAUGUUCCGCGACCUCAGUCUGUAUGAGGACAUGCAUUAUCGCACGUCGCUGAAACUGCAACGCGCUAAAAAUAACUGCGCCUGCAGCUUAUACGUUAAACAUAAUAUUAAUUGCUAUUAUAAUAAAAUGAAUAAAGAUUUAAUUAGAAGUUUCUGUAGACUUGGAUUCAGGUGUGGAUUUCACUUUGUUGGCGGUGGUGGGGGAGGAUUCUUCCGUGUUCUUGGGAGGGGAGGAGGUAGCCGACGCAGGGGACGAAGGCUCCGGGGUCUGGAACUUCUCCUUCUCCUGCUGCUCUUGCUCUUUCUCUUGUUGUUGCUGGUCACUGGUCACUUUAGCAAGAUGCAGGGCUGCCAACAACGCGGUGAUGUACCGACGUACAUCCAGUUCCACACCUGUAAU